AUGAGAAGUCAAGGACCAAUUGCCAGAUUACCUGUUGACCCUGAGAUAGAAAAGACCUGUAGAAGAAACAGAAGGAGGAGAAAAUUGGAAAGAGCGGCACUAGAGAUUGAACAAGAAGAAGUCAUGGCUGACAACGCCAAUAAUGGUAACAAUGGACACAACGGAGGAGGUGUAGAAGACCAGGCUAAUGGACAUAACAACAAUGACCGUAGCCUAAGGGACUACUUACUUCCUAACUUAACAGGGGCCCGAUCCUGCAUAAGGCCACCUGCUGUUGACGCAAACAAUUUUGAAAUCAAGCCAGCCAUACUGCAGAUGGUCCAAUCUUCAGUCCAGUUUGGGGGACUGCCGUCAGAAGACCCAAACAUGCACCUUGCCAACUUCGAAGAAUUGUGCCAGACAUUCAAGAUGAACGGAGUUAGCGAUGACGCCAUCAGACUAAGGCUGUUCCCAUUCUCACUAAGGGAACGAGCCAAAAGUUGGUUUAUUUCUUUACCAACUCAUUCUAUCAACACUUGGGAGGAAUUGGCCCUGAAAUUCCUAUCCAAGUUCUUUCCUCCUGCAAAGAUUGCCAAGUUGAGAGCUGAUAUCAAUAACUUCACCCAGCAGGACAGUGAAUCUCUGUAUGAAGCAUGGGAGAGGUUCAAGGACUUACUGAGAAAAUGCCCUAAUCAUGGGAUUGAGAAGUGGCUGCAAGUGCAUAACUUUUACAACGGGUUGAUGAAUGAAACCCGAACACUCAUAGAUGCUGCUGCUGGUGGAGCUUUCAUGAGGAAAAGUGCUAAUGAGGCUUUUGAUCUACUUGAAGAGAUGGCCAUGACUAACCAACAAUGGUCAACAGAAAGAGGUCCAUCUAAAAAAGUUGCAGGAGGUAAUCGUAGAAAUAAUGGGUUCUAUCAACAAAGAAAUCAGAACCAGUCACAGAUGCAACCUCAGACUCAAAACUAUAGUGGAAAUUCUGGUCUUCAAACAGAUUUACUAUUGCAAUUCAUGACAGAGACGAGAUCUUCCAUUAAAGACUUGCAAACUCAGAUGGGGCAACUAGCAACUCAGAUAGCAACUCGCCCUCAGGGAAACCUGCCGAGCACCACUGAAGUUAAUCCUAAGGAGAACUGUAAAGCAAUUACUCUGAGAAGUGGAAAGAGUUAUGAUGGCCCGAGCCAAGCCAAGCCAGAGAAUGAUGAAGAUGAACAACCAGCACCUACACCAGAAAAGCAGAAGACUACUGAUGGUCUUCAGCAAAAAGAAACUUCUCCCCCUAUUAGUAUUGACCAUCAUAUAAAGAUUCCCUAUCCUCAGAGGUUGCGCAAGACUAAUACAGACAAGCAGUUUAGUAAGUUCCUUGAAGUAUUCAGAAAGCUGCACAUCAACAUUCCUUUUGCAGAAGCUCUUGAACAAAUGCCAAGCUACGUCAAAUUCAUGAAGGAGAUUUUGUCAAAGAAAAGAAAGAUGGAAGACUUUGAGACAGUGGCCCUAACAGAGGAGUGUAGUGCUAUUCUUCAAAAGAAACUCCCUCCUAAACUGAAAUAUCCUGGGAGUUUUACCAUACCAUGCACUAUUGGAAAGAUUGAGAAUAUUCAUGCAUUAUGUGAUUUGGGGGCUAGUAUCAACCUUAUGCCUCUGUCGGUUUUUAAGAGACUUCAACUAGGAGAAGCAAAACCUACAACUGUUACACUACAGCUAGCUGAUCGUUCUUUAGCCCAUCCAAGAGGAGUAAUCGAAGAUGUUCUUGUCAAGGUGGACAAAUUUAUAUUUCCCGCUGAUUUUAUAGUUCUUGACAUGGAAGAAGACAACAAUGUUCCUAUCAUCCUGGGGAGACCCUUCUUGGCAACAGGGAAAGCACUAAUUGAUGUCCAGAAAGGAGAGUUAAAGUUGCGAUUGGUGGAGACAAAGACGCACAUUGAAGACCCUCUUAAUUUGACUUUGGUACAAGAGGAGGUGGUGGAACAAGACGGUAAGGAAGCUUAUGAGUAUGCUAUGUGGCUCGACUCUUAUGGACCUUUGAAUAGAAGAUACUAUGAAGAGUUAGGAGUCAUACCUACAAAGCCAGCCCCAUCUACUGAAAAGCCUCCUCAACUAGAGUUAAAAGUCCUACCGGAUCAUCUCAGGUACGAAUAUUUGGGAGAAAAUAAGACACUUCCUGUCAUUGUGGCAUCUUCCCUAUCUUCUAUAGAGACAGAUAAGCUAUUAUGGGUUCUAAGGAAGCAUAAGAAAGCCAUUGGAUGGACUUUGGCAGACAUAAAAGGGAUCAGCCUCUCAACUGUAAUGCAUAGAAUCCUAAUGGAGGAAGGAGUGAAGCCUACCAUCGAUGCACAACGAAGAUUAAAUCCACCAAUGAAGGAGGUUGUCAGAAAAGAAGUCUUAAAGUGGUUAGAUGCAGGGGUAGCGUAUCCUAUUUCAGAUAGUAAAUGGGUAAGUCCAGUCCAGGUUGUUACAAAGAAAGGAGGGAUGACGGUGGUAAAGAAUGAAAAGAAUGAGCUCAUCCCAACCAGAACUGUCACAGGAUGGAGAAUUUGCAUAGACUACCGGAAACUCAACAAAGCCACAAGAAAAGAUCACUUUCCACUCCCAUUCAUUGACCAGAUGUUAGACAAGUUGGCAGGCCAAGAGUAUUACUGUUUCCUUGAUGGGUAUUCAGGGUAUCACCAAAUAGCUAUAGCACCGGAAGACCAAGAGAAAACGACAUUCACAUGUCCAUAUGCAUUCCAGAUUCUUAAGGAUAAGUUAAUCUCAGCACCGAUCGUGACUACACCAAAUUGGGAAUUACCUUUUGAAAUCAUGUGUGAUGCAAGUGAUUAUGCGAUUGGAGUAGUGUUGGGACAACGGGUUGACAAGGUAUUCAGAACUAUUUACUAUGCAAGCAGGACCUUGAAUGAUGCUCAACUGAAUUACGCUACUACAGAGAAAGAGAUGUUGGCUAUAGUGUUUGCAUGUGACAAAUUCCGACCCUACUUGAUUGAAAUAAAAGAUAAGAAGGGCACGGAGAAUUUAGUGGCAGAUCAUUUAUCAAGGUUGGAACUUGAAGAGAAUCUGAAUACAAAGGAGGUUCAGAUUAAUGAGGACUUCCCUGAUGAGCAACUAUUUCUCUUGAAUUCUACUGUACCUUGGUUUGCUGAUUAUGUGAACUACUUGGCUGCGGACAUUAUACCACCAGACUUGACAAGGCAACAAUUGAAGAAAUUCUACUCCGAAGUCAAACACUAUUAUUGGGAGGAGCCUAUCCUCUAUAAGCAUUGUGCUGACCAAAUUAUUAGAAGAUGUGUGCCAGAAGAGGAGAUGUUUUCCAUAUUAACUCAUUGCCAUAGCUUGCCAUGUGGGGGACACUUUAGUGGGAAUCGAACUGCUGCAAAGAUUUUACAAAGUGGAUUCUUUUGGCCUACUUUAUUUAAAGAUUCUCACCAAUUUGUCCAAUCCUGUGAUCGUUGUCAAAGAACUGGGAAUAUCUCGAGAAGGAAUGAAAUGCCUUUGACUGGAAUAUUGGAAGUGGAACUUUUUGAUGUUUGGGGCAUUGAUUUCAUGGGACCUUUUCCGUCAUCUUACAACAAUGCCUACAUACUACUAGCUGUAGAUUAUGUCUCCAAAUGGGUAGAAGCAGCAGCAACACAUUUGAAUGACGGUAAAACAGUGCUCAACUUUCUUCAGAAAAAUAUUUUCACUCGAUUUGGAAUGCCUAGAGCAAUUAUUAGUGAUGAAGGGAGCCACUUUUGCAACAAACAGUUUGAAGCUUUACUUGCAAGAUAUGGAGUACGCCAUAGAACUGCACUCCCUUGUCAUCCUCAGAGUAAUGGGCAAGCAGAAGUUUCCAAUAGGGAGAUUAAAUUAAUUCUGGAGAAGACGGUUCAACGGUCAAGAAAAGAUUGGGCUAAGAAGCUGGAUGAUGCAUUAUGGGCUUAUAGAACAGUAUUCAAAACACCAAUAGGAAUGUCUCCCUAUCGGUUGGUCUAUGGUAAGGCUUGUCAUCUUCCAGUGGAAUUAGAACACAAAGCAUUCUGGGCCAUGAAGACAUUAAAUAUGGACUUGGCAGCAGCAGGAGAAAAGAGGUUGUUACAACUUAAUGAGAUGGAUGAGUUUCGUAACGAGGCUUAUGAAAAUGCCAAGAUCUAUAAAGAGAAAACGAAAAGAUGGCAUGAUAGACAUUUAGCAAGAAAAGAGUUCCAGCCUGGCCAACAAGUGCUAUUAUAUAAUUCCAGAUUAAAGCUUUUUCCUGGAAAAUUGAAAUCAAGGUGGUCAGGACCGUUCACGGUGGUUCAAGUUUUCCCAUAUGGCGCGGUAGAAGUUAAAGGAGAGAAACCAGAGACUUUCAAAGUCAAUGGUCAACGAUUGAAGCCUUAUUUGGGAGGCCAUAUUGAUGAAGCCAAGAAAGUUAUUCAAUUGGUGCCUCUGUAA